AGAGAUGCAUUUUGUAUUCCUGCACAAACCUUUUCUACAAGAUCAAGGUGGAAGGACUCGGUUGGUUGGGUCUGGCCUUGGAACAACAUGAUCCCGAACCAUCCUUCGCACCGAAUCGAUGAACUUCUCAGGUGAUUAAAUGAUUCAUUAGACACCUCAAGUAAGUCUCCUGGAUCGACGGAAGGAGUGCAUGGUUGCCAAGCCCCAGGAUGCCAGCAGGUGCAGUGAAAUCUAAGUCUUAAGUCUGAAGCUGCAGAGUGCACAGGAUGCGAAGGUAUAUUCAGGUACCAAGAGCUGAACCAGAACAAGUCUACAGGUUUAACACUGGGUGGGAACCAAGACCCUUGCUGUCCUGUGGAGUAUGUGGCUGCUGUGGUGCAUUGCGCCCGAGAUACAAACGCCUAGUGGAUAACAUUUUCCCAGAAGAUCCAAAAGAUGGUCUUGUAAAGGCUGACAUGGAGAAGUUGACAUUCUAUGCAGUUUCAGCACCAGAUAAACUGGAUCGGAUAGGAAAGUACCUUGCAGAAAGGCUCAGUCGGGAUGUUAUCAGGCAUAGAUACGGGUAUGUUUUUAUUGCGAUGGAGGCAUUGGACCAGCUGUUGAUGGCUUGCCAUUCCCAAAGCAUUAAUCUGUUUGUUGAGAGCUUUCUUCAAAUGGUAGCCAAGCUACUGGAAUCGGGAGAACCUGAGCUACAAAUCCUUGGAUCCAAUUCGUUUGUCAAGUUUGCAAAUAUUGAGGAAGAUACUGCUUCAUACCAUAGACGCUACGAUUUCUUUGUGUCUCGAUUCAGUGCAAUGUGCCAUUCUUCUAUUGAUGAUCUGGAUACCAAGACUAAGAUCAGGAUUGCAGGCAUUAAGGGUAUUCAAGGAGUCGUACGGAAAACUGUGAAUGAUGAGCUGCAGACUAUAAUCUGGGAGCCUCAACACAUGGAUAAGAUUGUUCCUUCACUUCUUUUCAACAUGCAAACAACAGAUGAGCUUAACAGCAAGAACAAUCCACCAUCACUACCACGAAGUGCUGAUAAAGAUGAGAACCCAGCUACUCUAGCAGAAAGCUGUUUUCGAGAAUUACUGGGCCGCGCAGCCUAUGGUAACAUGAACAAUGCCAUCAGACCUGUACUAGUGCAUUUAGACAACCAUCAACUAUGGGACCCAAAUGCAUUUGCUGUUUCCUGCUUUAAAAUUACAAUGUAUUCAAUACAGGCUCAACAUUCUCAUCAUGUGAUUCAGCAAAUUCUUCGACACCUGGACACUCACAACAAGGAUUCUCCGAGAGUUCGAGCUGGCAUUGUACAGGUCCUUUUAGAGACCAUUACGAUUGCAGCCAAAGGUUCUGUUGGUCCAACUGUUUUAGAAGUAUUUAACACUUUGUUGAAACACUUGCGCCUCAGUGUUGAUUUUGAGUUGUCCAACCUGCUUGCGUCUUCUGGUGCUUUAUCAACAAACAAUGAUGAGAAAGUAGUUCAGGAUGCAAUUAUACAGACCAUUGGUUCUUUUGGGAGCAAUCUUCCAGAUUAUCAAAGAUCAGAAAUAAUUAUGUUCAUUAUGGGAAAGGUACCCACUUCUGAUGCUGGAGCUCUAGAAUUGAGCCACUCUGGGGACCAUGGAAUAAGAACCAUCCAGGUCAAGCUACUGAGAUCGUUACUAAUGGUAACUUCAGGAUACAAGGCCAAAAGUAUAGCAGCUGCACUUCCUUCUCCAUUUUUAGAACCAAUAUUAUCAGUCUCUUUAAUGGAGGACAGUGAACUAAGAUUGCUUGUCCUGCAUAUACUACACAACCUUAUUGAUCGUCAUGAGAACAAAGCAAAAUUCAAAGGAAUGAGAAUCAUCCCUGAUGUUUCAGCGCUGAAGAUAAAAAGAGACAAGAGCUCAAAGCAAGACAUAAGUUUCAUGAAGAAACAAGGACAACAGUUGUACAGACAUAUAUAUGUGGGAUGUAAAGAAGAAGAUAAUGAUCAGAAAAACUUUGAAUCCCUAUUCAUUGCUCUUUUACUCGUUACAAUUGAACUGGCUAAUGACGAAGUAACCAUAGACUUAAUUCGUCUUGCCCUGGCUAUUCAGGAUUUGGCUCUGACCAAUGAAGAUAAUUUGCCCACUUACAACCGCUGUGCUAUUCAGGCUCUUGUGGCUGGGUAUUUAAGCUUCCUGAGUCAGAUGAUCGCAGUGCCAGCUUUUUGUCAGCAUGUAAAUAAGGUGAUUGAAGUAAGAAACAAAGAAGCACCAUAUCUUCUGCCAGAAAAUCUCUCCAGAGAAAAAUUGCCCAAGUCCUUGGAGACACAGGACAAAAGCUGUAUUUUUUUGCAAAACAAGAUUGCUGAUGCACUCGCUGGCAGUGGCUACAGUGUAGACAGGCUGUCUGUGCCUUAUGUUCCCCAACCUACAGAUGAAGAUAGGCUGUCCAGAAGAAAAAGCAUUGUUGACACAGUGUCAAUCCAAGUUGACCUCCUUGGUGUCAAUGUUCAGCAGGACAAGGCUAAGAUAGUUGAAGAAAUCACCUUUGAAACGCUAAAGAAAGCUAUCGAUAGCCAAAAUCUUGAAGAACAAGAAAGGGAGAAGCGCCGCCAAAUAAUUGAGAAGUUCCAGAAGGCACCAUUUGAGGAGAUUGCGGCUCAAUGUGAAUCCAAGUCAAACCUCCUCCAUGACAAGCUUGCAGAGAUAUUUGAAUUGACAAUAAGCAGGCCACCUCCAAGCCCAUCGGGAUCCAUGAGUGUAACAGCGGGCCAUGUUCAAUACCAUUCCAUCCCGGUCUAUGAAAUGAAGUUUCCAGACCUUUGUGUUUAUUAGUCGCUGCUUCUGUUUAAGAUACCUCAAGGAAACAUAACAAAGCAUACAUGUUUUCCAUUGAUUUAAUAUUUUUCAAAAUGGUGUUUGUCGAGUACUUUCACCGAAUCAAAAUAAAUUAGUUGAAGAGUCAAGUUAAUUUUUAGGGCUUGCUGAACUGGUGUUCAUUGUGAUGAGUUCUAGUCCUUCAAAUGUAUAAUGUCUAAACAUGCAAGAAUCCGGCAAAGGGUGUGUUUAAGAACUUAAUAUUUGCGUUGAAAAUUAUUGUUUCACCUGGCCAGAGGGGCAACAUAUGGGAGGAAUUGCCAACAUUCACAACUAUGAAAGUGUAGUUAUGACCACUAUAGUUAAAAUAGAUAAUACAGCAAAAGAAUGGAUUUUAUCAAUGAAUCUAUGAUACGUAAAUGUCUUUACACAAUUUGUCAUAUUUGUUAAUUAGAACUCCUUUUAAAUUUUGUUCUGCAGCUUUCCAAACAUAAAAAUGUAACACAUAUUUCUUGUUAAUUUUCAAUUGUAAUCUGUUCAUGCAUCUACAUUGAGCAUUGAAGUAUAUUGAUAUUACUAUUCAAAACUAUAUGUGAAAUUGGUUGAUUUUAUUCACUUUUGGUACAUAGAAUUCCAUCUAGAUUGUUGGUAUUUAGUAUUUGCACAACUAUUAUGUAAGUAUAAUCAAAUUGAUUAUAUAAAUGUGUACCAUAAUCUGGAGGACCUACCAUUAUUCUCCACCUCUCAAGUCUCUUCACAGUGCUAGACUAGAAUCAAACUCAACAGGGUCGUCUAUCCCCGCUGAUUCUGUUAACAGUGGGCUGUGCCCUUGGCUGUGUUUUCACUAUAUAAUAGAUAGGGACAGUGGCAAUUUUGUUCAUCCAUUCAUGCGCAUCCUUAAUUAAUUGACGAGGCAUUCUGCUAUUUAGUAAUGCAGCAGUAUGCCUCCCUUUCCGAGUAUUUCCAUUUUUCGUCUAAGUGAUCGAAAACUGCUGGGACGGUUAAAAAAAUACAAAGAAACAGAAUACACCAUUUAGAGAGUCACCCAUGAGAGCCUGGGCCAGAUCAUGCAAGUAAGAUUGUUAUACAUUAACGUUACUUGAUGCGUGUUAUUCAGGGAAUAGCCAGAUCAGCUAACUGCUUUAUUAUAACAAUAUUAAAACUGAGUGUGAGGAAGUAACAAAAGAAACUGAGAUAUUAACUAAGAGGUAAACAAAUCAAUUGUCCAUAAAAACGUCAGGGUGUUAAUGGUUCCAAUUAAAGCAUUCCUAAUCAUCUGGGUCACCUCUCAAACCUUCUGAUUCUCAGGGGAACUAUGACCCCCUUGCACCAACGAUGAAACCAAACAAGGCAACGGUGGCAACUGCAUGUUUCCUUGACUGUCUCCUCUGUUCACCUUCUCCAAGAAAGCUGUACCCAGCAAGCCUGAGUUAUCCUCAAACUAUACCAAGACAUCAUCAAGCACAGCACUUUACUAAGAUGGCAUUGGGGAUUCACGUAUUCGGAGCUGGCCAUUUUCCUCUAAUAGGUCGAGAACCUUAUUGUGAUGGACGAUCCUCGGGUUCUUAGCAAAAAACACUUCUACUUGAGAUGUGUCUGAGGGUCUCCCAAGUCGGCCGGCAUCUCAUACACAUGGAGGGAGUAUAAAUGGCCAGCAUGUUCCACGCAGGGUCAAUGUUGGAGCAUAACUUGAGGGAGGUAAUGAGCAGGGACUGAUUCAGGGAGGAAUACGCACUGUGGGUCAAUUUUAAAAUCGAAGACUUCUAUUACUUCUGGUGAUAUCCUGGCUAAAACUGUGCCUAACGGUGUCUUCAAAGAAGCUUACUGCCGUGAGACAGUUUCCUAAUCUUUAAAAUUUCCCUGUCCAGGUCAAUUCCGGCAAGCUCAAGUCAAUGCCUCCAUUUGGUCACUAGCACUCUUGAAAUCAGAGUAGUACUUCAUGAUGGGUAGUGGGAUUUGUGUCUCAAGCUUGGGGAUCCUACCCCUAGUGCAUAACAUGCCAUUAGUGGUAGAAGUAGACAGGUGUAGGAACUUUAGAAAAUGUCUACUAACACUAUCUAGCCUAACUAAACCAUUUUGGGAGGCCUCGUAUAAAACUAAGGUGAUAUUUUUUUUUAAAAAGGGGGGAAUAAAAUAGGUUUUUAAAAAGUUCAACCUUCUGUAAAGGAUGGAGCCCAGCUUGCAGAAGGUUGUUCCCACAUUCCUCCAGUUUGUUACUCGAGAUCCCUGGAGAGCAACCAACCCAGGAGUUUAUUCUGGUGCCCAGGUACUUCUCCCAAUCUCCAGGAUUAAUAAAACUAAUAUUCCGUUUGUUAAAAGACCAGUUAUCGACGGCAUUAAUAAAGGAACUUUUUUUGAUUUUGGAUGUCCUAUAAAAGUUGGCAGUUUUAUUGAGAUUAAUCUCGAGGCUCGUCCAACAGAGGUUGUCUUGGACCUUGAGGUUUAUUUUGACAUGUCCCUGUGAGAGCCACUCACAAGGACCAUGUCUUCAGCAAAUGCAGGUGGUGCAGUGUGUCCAGCACACCAAAAUAAAAUCCCAAGCCAGUCCAAUCCAAUGAAUAUAAACAAGUUAAAUACAAAUCAGAUAACUUUCCUAAGAAAUGCGAGAUAUCUAGGAUGAAAUAUCUCCGAAAUCAAUUGCAGAUAAUGCCCGUACAGAACAACAUUACUGCCAUCAAAAAGCAAUUCUUCCUAUUUGAAUUACACCUACAAAAUAGCACUAUAGUCAGUUUAUAUAUUUUAGCAAUUGACCCAUGAGUAAGAAAAACCCGAGGAUCCAAAACAUUUGAAUGUUUACUAUAGAGCAUUUUUUUCCAUCCUUCCACACACCAAUUCUCCACGUUGAAUUAAAACACUUCCCUUUUAGAGAAAAAAAAUCAAUUUGAGUCAUUGUGCCACUGAACAUUCACUUAAAAAUACUCUUUCUUCAAAAAAAAAGUAUAAAAUAGUACUAUACUACAGAGCUGGCUGGGCCAUGUGCAUUUACAUCAGAUUGUAUAUUCAUUCUGGCACUGUUAGACAAAAAGUCACUGCAGUUAUUUUACAUUAGAAUAUAUUAUAGAAAAUCUGCUUCUGAUGCAUAAACCUUUCAUGAAGUGCACAUUAUUAAUGGCCAAUUUUUUUGCAUCCCUUUGAAUUCUAUUAUGCCCCAAGUUUGAAAACCUAGAAUAUAAGCUGCAAAUCAAGCCUUAUAAAUAAUGAUACGGUAUACAUUACUCAAUGAGUAUUCUGUAUUAAUGUACAUUUGGCCAGUUUUUAUUAUUUUGAAACUUUUUUUUAGUUGAUUGUUUUGUAUUAAUCUGGAGGGCACAUGAGAAAUAUCUAUGCAUUGGACCAGUUUAAAGAAAUCUGAGAAGCUGAGGUUAAAAAUCUGUGGGCAAAAUUUUUUUUUAAAUAUUAUAUCAUUAAGAUGUGUAAAUGCAAAUAGAAAAGUGCAAAGAAUAUUAGUUUUUGGAGAUUCUGUGGAUCUUUCACCAAUCGGCCAAAUUUAAAGCAGAAACUCUGAGAUUGGCAGGAAUAUGCUGUUUUAUAACAGUAAUGAAAUGUAUUCCUUUUGCUAUUCCAGUCAAAUUAUACAACAAGCUUUGGUGCUUUACACAUGAUUAUGCUUUGUUUUGAAUAGCUUUGCUUACAAUGUACAAUUCAACGUGUAUUUGGAAGUAAUAGAUACGUUCCUACCUGUUUUUAAUCUAUAUGUAAUUAAACAAAUUGAUAGCUGUAUAAUGUGGGAAAAGGUUGCAUUAGACAAAUCUCUCCAUUUAUGAUGUUUAAUGAUUUAAAGCAAAUAAUGGCAAAUCCAAAACUUUCAAUGCUGGAAUCUGCGGUUUCCUAUGGACUUGAUUGUACUGUGAGCAAUAGAAUUUUUGUAUUGGUUCAAGUCACAUUUGCAUUCGGUGAAUGUUUUAAAUUGAUUGAGCACUUUUUAAAAACACCAUUAGUUCUAAAGAGCAGGUCUUUUUUAUGGUGUCUGUGCAAGACGUGUGAAUUUAUGCCAUAAGACCAGCGUAUGUUCUGUUUAUAAUGCUUCAUGGAAAAUAUUACUUCAAAUUUAGUCAGCUAUGUUGCAUGUGCUUAAACUAUGAUCAUGUGUGAUGUAUUAUGUAAUCCUAGUCAUGUAUCAUCUCUUCAGAAUAUUCUCUACACCUUGAAUGUAUUUGUAAAUGUCUAAAAUGUGGGUUUCUAUGUAUUAUUGAAGCUUUAUUCAUCUUCAGAAAUAUUAUAAACUUAAUGUGAAGGAUAAAAUAAACAGCUUUACUGCA